GGGGUUGGAACCGGGACCGGAACCGGGAGAGCGUGCUGUACCGUGCUGUGCCGUGCCGGAGAGAGGUACGGGCUGUGCUCGGGAUGCGGGCGCCGCGGGGAGCGCAGUGGUGCGGGGAUCGCUGCUGGGGGCGGGCGGGGCCGGAGCUGCGGGGUUACCGGUGGGACCGAGCGCGUAGCGGUGCGCCGUGGGGCGGUGCUGCGUGCGGUCCCGGCCGGGCCGCGUCCCGGGGGCGAAGAAGGGUUGGAGCCGUCCCAUACGGAGCCGUAACGUACGGAGCGGCCCUCGGCGCGGCAGCGCUGUAUUUUCUUCGGGAAAAAAAAAAAGGACAGAAGUUCGCUUUGCUGAGCGCUGAGCUCGUUUGUAAACAUUUAUACAAGGGGGGCCGGCGGCGGAGCAGAAACAAUUGUGCAAUGUCUCAGAGCAGAGAGGCAUUCCAGAGCCAUGACCAACACCGGCGCUCCAGCACCAAAUCGGGCAGCGGCCGUCCGAUCCCCCCCGGCACUACGAGGCCGUCUGAGCUCCGUUUUCCUCCUUCCGAGCGCCGUUCCGUGAAUCUGUUCUCCUCUCUUCCUUCCCGGUAGCAUGGUUACGGCUGCGUGUCAUUCUAUGUGCCUUAAAUUGACUCCUGACAGCUUCAGCUUCUCCACGGAGACGUUUUAUAGUGAUGGCGGCCAUCAGGAAGAAGCUGGUGAUCGUGGGGGAUGGCGCCUGCGGGAAGACGUGCCUGCUGAUCGUCUUCAGCAAGGACCAGUUCCCUGAGGUCUACGUGCCAACUGUGUUUGAGAACUACAUCGCCGACAUUGAGGUGGAUGGGAAGCAGGUGGAGCUGGCGCUGUGGGACACGGCUGGGCAAGAGGACUACGACCGGCUGCGGCCCCUCUCAUACCCGGACACCGAUGUCAUCCUCAUGUGCUUUUCUAUUGACAGCCCAGACAGCCUCGAGAACAUCCCUGAGAAGUGGACCCCGGAGGUGAAGCACUUCUGCCCCAACGUGCCCAUCAUCCUGGUGGGGAACAAGAAGGACCUGCGCAACGAUGAGCACACACGGCGGGAACUGGCAAAGAUGAAGCAGGAGCCUGUGAAGCCAGAAGAGGGGAGAGACAUGGCCAACAGGAUCAAUGCCUUCGGCUAUCUCGAGUGCUCGGCCAAGACCAAGGAGGGCGUGCGGGAGGUCUUUGAGAUGGCCACACGUGCGGGCCUGCAGGUCCGCAAGAACAAGAAGCGCCGGGGCUGCCCGCUGCUGUGAGCAGGGAGGGCUCCGUGCCCGUCCCCGACCCUCUGCCCCAGAGCUGUCCCCAGGCACUGGGGCACCCCUGUGCCACGCUGGGGGGCGAUGCCUUCGUUCCCCAUCACUCUCUAUGGGCUGUGCGGUCUCCCUGCCUUGAGCGGGGCUGGCAGAAGCGGGGGCUGCUGGCCCCAGCUGUCCCCCAGCCUUUUAUGGACUCACCAGGGCUGUGCUCAGCCCUGUCCUGCAGAGCCGUGCUGCGAGGAGUGCCAGCAGUGCCCUGCACACUGGGACUGCCCUGGGGCAGUGCCUUGUCCCCGCAUCCAGCAUCAGAAUGACGGUGCCUUCUUCAAGUCCGCGUUCCUCACAGACUCUUAGCACCAGUAUGAGCAGCUGAGUAACUGGGAGAAUAAAUGCAAGCUGACAUUUGA